CAACCUUGUUACGAUUAUUCACAACCAAAAGAUAUGUUGUUAAUAACAAAAAAGAAACGUAAAGAACCUAUAUUACAAUUUCAUUCUAAUGCUUUGAAAGUUGGACAGAAGUUAACAUUUGGAUUAAAAGUUCGCAGUAAUGAUCAAAACAGUGAAACUGCUAAUGUGAUAAUUAAUGUCAUAAGUGGAAGUAUUCCUGUGAUAAUACUAAAAUCUGUAGUUUCUGCUGGAGUUGUUAUUCCAAAACCAAAUUCUGAUGCCGAAGCAUAUUUUGUGCCAGCAGGUGCAUCUGUAAUUGUCUGUGCUGAGGUAAAGCCUGGUAAAUAUAAACUGAAGUCAGUAUCAUGGGACAUAAUAGGUUCAACUCGACCAUUUACAUACAGUGUUUUGGAGGGAAAGACAUGUCUUACAUUAGGUGAAGGAUAUUUAAUAGAACAUGGAGUUUAUAGAAUAGAAGUAAAAGCAUGUGAUAAUAUGAAAUCUUGUGGUAAUAUGACUAUUUCUUUAUAUGCAACACCUCAUGUCAGUUCAUGUAAAGUUACUUUUAAACAGUAUACAUCAUGCAAAUGGACAACAGCAAAAGUUAGUGGCUGUGUAAUAUCUCCAGAUCGUCUGCCAUUAACAUAUCAAGUAAUUAUGUAUUCUGGAAGUAAUUACAUACCUGUUACUGCCCAUGAAUUUACUGAUGAUUUAAAAUUUAUUGGUCCUCCUCCACCAUCAAAUGAAGAUAAAGUUUUAUUAGGAUUAUUGGUCUGUGACAGGUUUAAUAAGUGUAAAAAUUUUAGUGGUGAUCCUGUGCAAGUAACAACUGGAACUAAUCAUGAAGAAUCAUUAAAAACCAUUGUAAAAUCUGCAAAAUUUGUUAAUGAUGCGGGGAAUUCAUUAAAAGCUUUAUGUUUGUUUUCAUGUUUUUCUUUCAACAACAACAACAACACACAGUUUACAAAAGAACAAAUGGACGAUAUUGUGAUGUAUACAGUUAAUUCAGUUGCAGAAUUUCCUACAGUUACUCAGGUUUCUAGCCAAGUUUCUGCCUUACAUUCAUGUGUUUUGCCACUUUGUAAUCACAAAGAAACUGCUUAUAAAACUAAAUGUCUGAAUGCAAUAGCAAAAUCUACAGAGAAAGCAUCUUCUCUAAAAGCAUACUUGGAGACAUCAAUUAUCACUCAAUCCUAUGAUAUGGUAACAAGUUUUCUAAAUUCCUCUGAUGCUAAUACAAAAUUACUUCAAGCAGCUAAAAAAGCCCAGGUAGCAUUGUUGGCACAUUCUGCUGCUUUUCUUCCUUUGGGAAGUAAAAUGCAAUUUGGAAGUGGUAAAAAAGGCAAACCAUUUUCUAUACUUUAUCACAAAUAUAUUGAUCAAAAUCCCUUACAACUUAGAACAAAUAUCAAUACAGGAAGUCUUUUAUCUUCAAUUAGUUUUGGAAAGAAAGUCACAGAAAAAUUUACUAAUUGGGAUUGUGGUGAAGAAGCACGAUGCAAUGGUGCUGUCAUUAGUAUGAGCUUGUAUCCUGAUAAAGAUCCAUAUACAUUAGAAAACGAUAAACAGUUGAGCCCUGUAGUCGACGUAAGUCUUCUGACACCAGGCAAUGGUAAAGAAGUUAAGGUUGAAAAUGUUGAAAAUGAUAUCAAAAUUAAAUUAGCACUUAAAACUGAUAAAAUGAAAAAGGAUAUCGAUUUUUAUUGUUAUUAUUGGGACGAAAAGAAGGAAAAGUGGGAUUCCGAUAGCGUUAAGACAAUUGGUGCAGAAUCCAGCAUUAUGCAGUGCUGGGUUUCACAUUUAAGUAGUUUUGUGGUGUUAGAAACAAAUAAAGGUCUUAGUACCGCAUCCAUAGCAGGAAUUGUGGUGGCGACAUUAAUGGCUGUUUUCAUUAUUUGUGUGGUAGUAUUGUUUUUUGUUCGCAAGAAACAGAGUAAAGAAAUUCGGGUAUCGACUGAAGUUCUAAAUGCGGAGAUCGAAAAAUAAAUUGCUUUUUUGUUUAUUUUAUAGAAUCAUCAUUGGUUUGAAAAUUGUUGAAAAAUAUUUUCAUUAAUUGUACAUACAUCAUA